UGUGUAGAUAGAUAAAACGUCCGACGGAGAUGAAGACGGUAAGGAUUGAGAAGGACGGAGUGCUACAGGCGUGGGAUGAGGAGAGGGAUGAGGAGAGAGAGAAUGAGAGAGAGUGAGGGAUGAGAAAAGAGAAUCUGUUUUGAGUUUGAGGUCGCCCGGGAAAUCUUUGAGGAAGAGAGCAGUUGGAUGAAGUAUCGCCAAAAGUAGAGACUGCAGCGACCGAGGCUGAAAGCUCCUGGUGGACUCUAUAUUUUCCGAACAAAUCCACUAGCACACGCACAAACAGGCGAGCUGCUCUAGGCAACUGGCCAAUACAACCCUGUCCUUUAUCAUUGGCCAUGUAUGAGCUCAGGGAUCCCUGGAUCAACAUGCCAUCUGCGCUCAAAGGCGAAGGAGGCCUUGGAUCCCCGAACAAACAUCUACAAGAACGACAAAGGAGCACAGCCACGCCGCUAAACCACCUCAGCCCGCAUGUGUGAAAUGCCCGCUGUUCUCCUCCUCUUUCAGUCCAUCUCUCUCUCCCUUGACAACAUUGCAAAAACAAUGGACUUGCAUUCAUCCCAGAUCAUUCCAUCAGCACCAACACCCAAGGGACCCCCCAGAAAAACCCACGGACUGGACUCAGACACCGACGACACCCAGUUCGAGCCAACAGAAAAACGACCACGGCUCAAUAGCAUCUCUCUCUCACCCCACUUGCCUUUCCACAACAAUCCGCUGCAGGAUAGUCUCAGGAGCCAGAGCUUCAUACUGGAGAAUGAUAUCCCCAAGUCCCCCUCUGAAAACAAUUCACAGGAUACGGAUUCAGAGAACGAUCUGGUCCUGUCGGAGGUCCACAUCCAUCCCAACAAUGGUCGCGUGGACGGCCGGUUCCUGACCUCCACUUUUUCUUUGAGCAAAGCGGGUCAAGAUCCGCGUCAGGAUUCUAUACAGGAGCACAAGACGGAUCUAUCGGACGAGGAUGCAGAAGCUCAGGAGGAUCCGCCCUGGGACUAUGCUUUAGAGAUCCAGCACGCAAUGGGCACAACCCUCCGAGAUGUUGGCUCACAGGUUUGGAUGGGUUGCUUCCUUCUGGUCGAUUGGAUGGUCUCGAUAAGAGACCAUUUGAGUGGAAGCUUUGUCCUCGAGCUCGGAGCAGGGACUGGCCUAGCGAGCAUUGCCCUGUGUUUGAUGACAGAUGUCGAAAAGGUUUUUUGCACAGACUACGAUGUGGAGGUGCUGUUGAACUGCGAGCGGAAUAUUGCACUCAAUAGCGAGUCAAUGAUCUCAGACCAUCCAGUAUCAACGCAUCUCGAUCAACGCGUUCUACCACGCAGAUACAAUUGGCUGAUGGACGACCCUACGACUUGUCCGGACGAAACGGCAGAUCGGUUCAGUUGGACUGAUCAGGAGCAUGAAGAAUGGAGGACUAAGGGUGCUGUCAUCUUCGCAGCAGAUGUUGUAUAUGACGAUUCGUUGACGGACGCAUUGAUACGGUGUCUGGAGAAGCUGUUGCUUGAGCCAUUGCCUGAAGACCAUCCACGACAUACCACCGGACGCGUCGCGUACUUGACGAUGGAGAAAAGAUACAAUUUUUCACUUGACCAGCUUGCUGUUGUCGCAACAGCACACGACUAUUUUGUCAAGAAGACAGGGCAAUCCGAAGUGAUCAUGGCUCAGAGGAUGGAUUAUUCGCAGCUGAACCGCCACUGCGACUACGACCGCUCAAAGGACCUGGAACUUUACAGAGUUGUACUUCGCCGAUGAAGCACUGCCGUCAUUAAUGCCGCCAAUUUCGCAGCGUCAAGCCCUUAACGGCCGUGAACUAGGGUCACCAUGACAUGACAUCGCAACCACUCC